AUGGCAAUGAUGACUGGCCGUGUGCUGCUGGUGUGUGCCCUCUGCGUGCUGUGGUGCGGUGCCGGCGGUGGUUUUGCGGACAAGGUGGUGGAAGCUGCUGCCGGUGUUGUUGCCAGUAACAGAACGGAUGAGGAGAAUUUGAUCUUGAAUUGGUAUGUUCUGACGCAGGAAGAAUGCGCGAAUGAAAGCACGACAGGAGGGAAGUUGAAUGUGACAGCUGAGAGGAUCUGCAUGCACAAAGUGAUGAAGGGGAUUUGUAACGCUUUUUAUAAUAAAACGUCGGGUGUAACUCAUGACCGUGACGCUAAGUUUAUUUGUACGUAUUACGCUACCAUUCCAGAGGAGCCCGUCGAACCCACAACACCGCAAGGGCCAACAUCACAUUCAGCUGUCAGCAAUACCACCAGUGAUGAUGGGGCGCCGAAGAAUGCACCGGAAUCCGAUGUUGCAGGGAGAGGAGAAGGAAAAGACGAUUACAAGGAGCACGGCAAUACGAAGCAAAAAGCAGUCGAAACCGCCGCUGUGGAAAAUGACACGAAGACUACCGACAGUGACGUCAGCACCGCGGUCUCCCACACAACCUCCCCUCUUUUUCUUCUUGUUGUUGCGUGUGCGGCUGCUGCUGCUGCGGUGGUGCAUGGACUAUGUGAUUGUGUGGGGAGGUGCAUUGGGGUGACGAACACUUCUGUUUGGCGUGUCUCGGUGUGUUGGAAUGAUGUUCGGAUGACACGUGAAGGGUGUUGUCUUUAG